UCAGCGCAUGACUGUGUUUUUAUGAAUGAAAGGAAUCCUGUGAGUGAGUAAUUCCAGGAAACUCACAUUACAACUCAGCAGAUUGCUGCGUUCGCCGCUGUCGCUCGCGCCACCCCGCCAGCAGGCAGCCUCCACUCUCGGCUGCCCGAGCCCGAGUCCGACCCCGGAGCACGGUCCGGGGAGGCGGCGACUGGAGGCCGAGAGGGACCCAUCACCCCGGGAAGGCGGAGGAAGAGAGAGAGAGGAGAGAAGGAGGAGGAGGAGGAGGAGGGAAAGAAAGGAGAGACUUUCAGAUCGAGUAGGAGAACCAGGGUCUCCAGCCCUGAGGGUACCUGACCCCAAAAUGUCUACAGACACCUUAUCCAGCAAAGCAUUAAAGAUCAAGCGCGAGCUGGGCGAGAACACGGGCCCGCACCUGUCGGAUGAGGAGCUGAUGGCGCUGUCGGUGCGGGAGCUGAACCACCACCUGCGCGGCCUGUCCAAGGAGGAGGUGGCGCGGCUGAAGCAGCGGCGCCGCACGCUCAAGAACCGCGGCUACGCGGCCAGCUGCCGCGUCAAGCGCGUGUGCCAGAAGGAGGAGCUGCAGAAGCAGAAGAGCGAGCUGGAGCGGGAGGUGGACAAGCUGGCCCGCGAGAACGCCGCCAUGCGCCUGGAGCUCGACGCCCUGCGCUCCAAGUACGAGGCGCUGCAGGGCUUCGCGCGCUCCGUGGCCGCGCACGGCGGGCCCGCCGCCAAGGUGGCGCCCGCCAGCGUCAUCACCAUCGUCAAGUCGUCGGCCGCGGCUUCGACGGCCUCCCCCGCCAGCCCGGCUGCCUGCUCCUCGUGA